AUGAUGACUUUAGAUACAAAGGGUCUUCACAACAGAAAACAAAUUGUUGAAAUGCAGAAGGAAGUACACACAUAAUGAUGGUUAUAAUAGAGAUAAAAUACCGCCAAUAGCCUGGCACUAAGUUUAGAAGAAUGCCUUCUAUAGAAAGUAUGCUUUCACCUGAGAGUUGGUGGAUUCUGCAUGGAUGUUGGACAAGUUAUGGGCCCCUCUGUAAGACAGGGCAACACGAUUUAGUGCUAAAGAAUGACCCAGAUGGUAUUGUAUUGUGAUGGUCUAAUAAAAAGCAAAUGCAGGUGAAUUCAGGGCUCUUGAGGGCCCCUGGGGGUUUAUCUCCAGUAGUCUCAGGAGUCUCCGGGGGAUAUGUUUCAGUUGAGGAGGAGUCCUGUGGGAAUUAUGCGCAAACCAAUGAAAUGCAAGAGUUUGUCCUUGUGAACUCAGAACUCUCUGGUGACGCUGCACCUGCCACUCGCCAAACCUGGAAGUUACCUCGGGGCUCGGAGAAAAAGUCGAGUGGAACCGAACACAGACGAAUCCUCCCUCCCUCCCUCCCUCCUCCUUCAGUCGUGGUGCAAGCAGCCAUGUUGCCGCGAGCUUGUUCCGGUAUCAGGGCAGGAUCGUGCGCAUAGUCUGCAUUCGGGCGCAGCUCCUCGCCUCUCUCCCCCCUGUCGCCCGUGGCACACACACACACCUCCAAACAAGAAGACCCCCCGUCUACAGAUCAUGGAUUUUACAACCUGAUGAUCCUCCCUUCAGUCGCCUGAUCGCGGGGAAUAACAGCAGCAGUCGGCGGUUACCGACAGGACGAGCUGGUGUAUCGCCUCACUGCAGUGCAGCAGAGGCGGACGACCUUAUUCCAAUCACGCCACAGGAGGAAGAGCGCCGGUGAUUUCCGUGGAUUUUGAGUUUGGUGGGCUGCUCCGUGGCGAGUCACCGCCGCCGCGUCCGCCGGAGGAUAAGCUAACUAGCUAGCUCUGCCUGGGAAGAAACACUGAAUUGGCUAGCUACAUGGGCUAAUAUCGGCCAAGCAGUUAGCUAGCACAACAAAUUAAUUCGUGUUUCUCCUCUGCCAUGUGACCACUCUCCACAGCGCUGCUUUUAUUUCCCUCCCCGGAUACCCUAACCUUGGAUAUCACGCUGGGAACAUUUUGGAUUGUUUUGUGUGAGUUGGGAAGGUCGAGACCUCGCCGGGAAUAACUUUGGCCUGAAAGUUUUUGGACCCCAGACCAGAAAGGAAACAUCUCAGCCUCUUGAAAAAAAAAGACAAAUAUAGACGACGAGAGUGCGUUUAUCAGAAACAACGUUGGAUUUAAGUUGGUUGUCGAUUUCGGCGACAGCUCCAGCUUCCUCAGGCGUUAGUUAGCAACGUUACUUAGCAUGUUAGCUACCUAAUUGAACCUUGUCUUGUGCAGUGCAACCAUUGCCCAACUUUUCUUCAAGCUAGCCCAAGUAGCUAGCUGCCGAAAACGUCACAGCAUCAGGUUGUUAGCUCGCUAGCCACCCUCGACGCUGUCAGAUGCUAACUGGAAACUGAAUGUUUCCCCACCAGGACCGAAGCUGAAAAAAAGACACUUGCUCUCCUUUUUCCUCGUUUUGUGCUUGUUGACAAACAUGGGACGUGCGGUCGCUGCUAGCUAGUCUCUAGCUAGUUGGCUAACUCGGCUAGCCGCUGAUGUGGGAUCCAACUUGUUGAUUCACGGGUGAAUUGUCGUGCUGCUAGCUGGCUAGCACUGGACAUCUGUUGGGAAUUUACCUCCACCACCAGCUACCCACGUUUUAAAUGCACAAUAGACACUGAAGAAUCGUUCUUGUGUCACUGUUCCUUUCCCCCUUUUUUGGCAACCCCCAAGUCUUUCAAAAAUGUCAACAAGGCCCCCACUGGUGCAAGUCAUUGAGAAUUCGACCGGGCAGGAGACCAAGCCGUCAUCUGGCCGCGCCAGCAUGCCUCGAUGUCGGAACUCCGUCGCCACGACCACAUCAGAUGACCAGCCGCACAUCGGUAACUAUCGGUUGCUGAAAACCAUUGGCAAAGGCAACUUCGCCAAGGUCAAGCUGGCACGACACGUCCUCACCGGAAAAGAGGUGGCUGUAAAGAUCAUUGAUAAGACACAGCUCAACUCCUCCAGUUUGCAGAAGCUCUUCCGGGAGGUGAGGAUCAUGAAGAUGUUGAAUCACCCCAACAUAGUCAAGCUCUUUGAGGUCAUCGAGACAGAGAAGACACUGUACCUGGUAAUGGAGUAUGCUAGUGGAGGAGAGGUCUUUGAUUACUUGGUGGCCCACGGCAGGAUGAAAGAGAAAGAAGCCCGUGCCAAAUUCAGACAGAUUGUGUCAGCGGUGCAGUAUUGCCAUCAGAAGUGUAUAGUACACAGAGACCUCAAGGCAGAGAACCUGCUCCUGGACGCAGACAUGAACAUCAAGAUAGCGGACUUUGGCUUCAGUAAUGAGUUUACUCUGGGGAACAAGUUGGACACGUUCUGCGGCUCCCCGCCCUACGCUGCCCCGGAGCUCUUCCAGGGAAAGAAGUAUGACGGGCCAGAGGUGGACGUCUGGAGUCUGGGGGUCAUCCUUUAUACACUGGUCAGCGGAUCGCUGCCCUUUGAUGGACAGAACCUCAAGGAAUUGAGAGAGCGUGUCCUGCGAGGCAAAUACAGGAUUCCCUUCUACAUGUCGACUGACUGCGAAAACUUACUUAAGAAGUUCCUCAUCCUGAACCCCUCGAAAAGAGGCAGCCUCGAGCAGCAGAUAAUGAGGGACCGGUGGAUGAAUGUAGGCCACGAGGAGGAAGAACUCAAACCCUACAUUGAGCCCCAGCCAGAUUAUAAGGACCCCAGGAGGACAGACAUCAUGCUGCAAAUGGGAUUCUCUCAGGAGGAGAUCCAGGACUCGCUGGUGAACCAGAAGUACAAUGAUGUAAUGGCUACAUACCUGCUACUGGAUUAUAGGAACUCUGAGCUGGAUGAAGGUUGCAUCAAGCCUCGACCAGGAAGUGAUGUACAGCGCAGUGUGUCAUCCAACCAGAAGCCUCAGAACCGCAGAACCACUGACCAGGGCUCCUCCUACUCAAAGAGGGGGGGUCAAGCAGACAACCGGACUGCAGCUGAGGAUUCUGGGAGGAAGGGUUCGUCAGGCAGCUCCACUACCAAGGUGCCGGCCAGCCCUCUCGUCUCCUCUGACCGCAAGAAGAGUGCCACGCCCUCCACUAAUAGCAUCCUGUCCACCGGUACUGGUCGCAGUCGGAACUCUCCUCUGACAGAGCGAGCCACGCUGAGCCAGGGCAUCCAGAACGGCAAGGACAGCCUAAACACUCCGGGCUCCCGCGCCUCCACUGCCUCAGCCGCUGCCGUCCUCUCCUCCUCCUCCUCCUCGCGUCCCCGUCACCACAAGUCCUUGUCCUCCUCCAAUCAUCCAUGCCCCUCUGACCUGCACGCACCACGGCCCAGGUUCAUGUUGGGCUUUAAUUUAAAGGUUUGCUACUCAAGAGGGCAGCUUGUCUUUUUACAGGAACGUAACAAAUAUAUACGUUUUUAUACAUACAUUGUUUUUUUUCUCUUUCUUUCUUUAUCCCUCUUUUGUUUUUGUAGAAAUCUCUCGUUCAGGUUUCCGAGAAGUCCGUAUGAGGGAGAGGGUCGGGAUGAGGGGAGCAGGUCCAUGCUGAGCAGCACGGUGGACAAGUCGGAAAAAACCUCCGGUGGCGUUCUCUCCUCCUCUUCCAACAACGACGAGAACAACUCCUCGCCAGGAUCCGGUAACACCGGUGGCACCGGCACCCCUCCGGCCAUCGGCAGCCAGAAGGAGUCCUCCAAGCCGCGCUCGCUGCGCUUCACCUGGUCCAUGAAGACCACGUCGUCCAUGGAGCCCAUGGAGAUGAUGCGCGAGAUCCGCAAGGUGCUGGACUCCAACAGCUGCGAGUACGAGCUGCGCGAGCGCUACAUGCUGCUGUGCGUCUCGGGCAACCCGGCGCGCGACGACUUCGUCCAGUGGGAGAUGGAGGUGUGCAAGCUGCCGCGGCUCUCCCUCAACGGCGUGCGCUUCAAGCGAAUCUCGGGCACGUCCAUCGCCUUCAAGAACAUUGCCUCAAAGAUCGCCAACGAGCUCAAACUGUGAGCGCGGCGGAGCAGCCAGGGGAGAUUAAAGGGUGGAGGUGGGAGGGUGGAGGAUGGCGAGGAUGAAGGUGAUGCUGUAGGUGCGUUGGGGGGGGGGGCGCUGCGGAAGUCAGGGCGUAAGCUAAAGGGUGGGAUCACUUUAAAAAAUAACAUGAUUGUCACGGAGACAGGUCUGACGUAGGGCUAUUGGUUCUCUGAGACUAGAAAACAUUUCUCUCUAGAAGUUUUGUUCCUUACGUUCUCGAGGCCCUGCGCUCAGGAACUCUGAGCUGAUUUCCUCUGAGUUGUGAAGUACUUACAGACCGAUGUCUUCUCUCUCCCUGCUGGGUUUUUUUUUUUUUUAUUAUUAUAUUUUUUUUAGUUUUGGUCACGUUCUACUUAGACGUUCCACUCUUCUUCUGCAUGUUCAAUCUGCCCUCUCUGUUUUUUUUAAGGAGUCCCACUUUGACCGCUCCUGUCACUUCUUCCUGCUAUUUAUUCCGUUUCUCUGCACGGUUCUGCUGGGUAGGGGGGAAACGGGUCGGAUGGAGGACAAACUGAGAAGAGCGAAGGAGAGCGGAGGAUAACCUCUCUUCUCUCUCUGAAUCUCGGAACGACGGAAAGUUUGGAGCCUUAUUUCGCUGGGAAACUCAGAAAGGAGUUUUUGAUUGAAUUUGUUGUGAUUGUCGUCCAAAACCGAACAGACUCCAACUGAGCCAGGACUGAAGCCCACUAUCUCACACACACACACACACACAC